CAUCUGGGCUGGGGAUUUAAAGCCGACAACUACGGCUCGUGACGUCAGAUGCUUGGUGAAGUAAAAUUUUCUGUCUGCCCAUCGACGUGAGGCACGUUGUGCGACUUUCUACCGAAUACAUUCGCAGAAGCCGGCUCACUGGGAACCAGAUACCAGAAUGGCACCGAAGAAGGUCGAGGAACCGGAGAAGAAGCCAUUGAUCGGACGUGUCGGUACCAAUCUGAAGGUUGGGAUCGUCGGGAUACCGAACGUCGGAAAAUCGACGUUCUUCAACGUCCUGACGAAGAGUCAAGCCGCUGCUGAAAAUUUCCCGUUUUGUACCAUCGAUCCAAAUGAAAGUCGUGUGCCAGUACCGGAUGCUCGUUUCGAUUAUUUGUGCGAGUACUUCAAGCCCCUGAGCAAAGUCCCGGGAUUUCUCAACGUCGUCGAUAUCGCUGGACUCGUUAAGGGUGCGGCUGAGGGUCAGGGUUUGGGAAACGCUUUUCUCUCCCACAUCAGCGCCUGCGAUGCAAUUUUUCAUCUAUGUCGAGCCUUCGAGGACGACGACGUCACUCAUAUAGAGGGCGAGGUUAAUCCCGUGAGAGAUUUCGAUAUCAUCAGCGAGGAGCUCAGGCUCAAAGACAUCGAGUUUCUCAACGCCCACCUAGAGAAACUAGAGAAAUUAGUCGUCAGAGGGAACGACAAGAAAUUAAAGCCUGAAUAUGAGACCUUGCUCAAGGUUAAAACUACUCUGGUGGACGACAAGAGGCACAUAAGGUUCGCAGAUUGGAGCGCGAAUGACAUCGAAGUACUCAACAAGUACCUAUUUCUUACUUCCAAACCAGUUAUCUAUCUGGUCAAUUUAUCCGAAAAAGAUUAUAUCCGCAAGAAAAAUAAAUGGUUGAUCAAGAUCAAAGAAUGGGUGGAUAAGAAUGAUCCCGGUGCCGUACUUAUCCCGUUCAGCGGUGUAUUCGAAAACAAGAUAGUCGACAUGGAUGACGCGGAACGUGCUAAAUACUUUGAGGAGAACAAAGUGACCAGUGCGUUGGACAAGAUUAUCGUCCAGGGAUACAAAGCGUUACAGCUCCAAUAUUUCUUCACCGCUGGUCCCGACGAGGUCAAGGCUUGGACGAUUCCUAAAGGAGCCAAGGCGCCACAGGCCGCCGGUAGGAUCCAUACGGAUUUUGAAAAAGGUUUCAUCAUGGCCGAGGUGAUGAAGUUCGACGAUUUUAAAAACGAAGGGUCGGAAUCUGCGGUCAAGGCAGCCGGAAAGUACAGACAACAGGGUCGAAAUUAUGUCGUGGAGGAUGGCGACAUAAUAUUUUUCAAAUUUAACGCAGGUGCCGGUUUAAAAGACGCGAAGAAGAAGUGAUGGCGUACUUUCUUUCAUUAUCAUGUACGCGCUGCUGGUUCAUCUCUACGUCGCAACGGGUCCUGAAUCGGGAUAUAAAAUUGUUGCAAGACGUCACCGUUUGCCGAUACGAUUCGCCGUUAAAAUAUGCCCUUUUUCUAUGCAUGUAUCUGACAACUGAUUACGCAAUUAAAAAUAAAAAUUCCUGUCGCGCUUCCAAAUUUGUCAACUGCGAUUUGAACGUCGAAGAGUGACGACACCUCAAUCGACGAUUAUUUCAUAUAAUUAUGAAUUACACCAAAAUGACUUCCCUGGUCUCGAUGAAAGCGAACUAGAGUGGACGAGAGUGAAAUAAAAAAAAAAAAAUAAUAUUCAUCAAAAACGAAAAAGAAACUAGCAUUUAUUUAUACUUUACUGUAUUUAUUUGAACGAUCGUUGAAUAAAUUUUAUGCUAUAACCGAUUA